UGGGGUUCCUCUUCCCUUCAUUUCUCUCUUGUUGCAUUGUUUUUGUUGGCUCUGCAUGUCAAGGUGUCUUUCGCAGAUAGGUCGACGUAUAUUGUCCACAUGGACAAGUCCCUCAUGCCCAAGUCCUACUCUAGCCAUGGCCAUUGGUAUUCCUCCAUUGUUGAUUCAUUCAAAUCCGGAAACCCUACCUCAUUCGAUGGCAACAAAAUCUUGCCUUCCAUUCUGUACACCUAUGACAAUGCCUUUCAUGGGUUCAGUGCAGUUCUAUCUGCUGAUGAAUUAGUGACUCUAAAAAAGUCACCGGGUUUCAUCUCAGCUUACGCUGACAAGUCCAUUACGCUCGACACCACCCACACCACUCAGUUCCUCAACCUCAAUCCUUUCGCCGGGCUGUGGCCUGCUUCAGAUUACGGAGAUGACAUCAUCAUUGGUGUCAUUGAUACCGGUCUCUGGCCCGAGAGUGAAAGCUUCAGAGAUGAAGGUAUGACCAAAAGUCUUCCAGCUAGGUGGAAAGGAAAAUGCGAGGUUGGACAAGAGUUCAAUGCCUCUCUUUGUAACUAUAAAUUGAUUGGAGCUCGAUACUUUAAUAAGGGUGUCAUGGCUGCAAACCCCGAUGUCACACUUAGCAUGAACUCGGCUAGAGACAGUUUAGGGCAUGGGACGCAUACAUCUUCCACAGCUGCGGGGAACUACGUAGACGGAGCAUCUUAUUUUGGUUACGCUAAAGGAACAGCCAGAGGCGUAGCACCGCGUGCCAGAGUUGCCAUGUACAAGGUUAGCUGGGAUGAGGGGCGUUAUGCCUCUGAUGUUCUAGCUGGUAUGGACCAAGCUAUUGCUGAUGGUGUUGAUGUUAUUUCAAUUUCCUCUGGCUUUGACGACACACCAUUGUACGAGGAUCCCGUAGCGAUUGCUUCAUUUGCAGCCAUGGAGAAGGGUGUGGUGGUUUCAGCUUCAGCCGGAAAUGAAGGCCCCGAGCUUGUGACAUUGCACAAUGGCAUCCCUUGGGUCUUGACCGUUGCAGCCGGCACAAUAGACCGCUCAUUUGGAGGAGCAUUAACCUUUGGUAAUGGUUUAACCAUUACUGGAUUUACCUUGUUUCCAGCAAACUCCUUAGUCGAAAACUCGCCACUGGUUUACAACGAGACAUUCUCAGCAUGCAACUCAACCGCAGCGUUAGAAACUGCCCCAGAUGCGAUCAUCAUAUGUGAUGACACGGUGCCUAUUCGUAAUCAAAUAUCUUACAUCAUUCAAUCGGGGCUUCUUGGAGCUAUCUUUAUUACCAAUAAUCCUGAGAUACGCGAAUUAGGUUACGUUGUAACUCCUAGCGUUGUGGUGAAUACGAAGGAUGGGCGGACUGUGAUCGAGUACGCACUAAAAAGUGAAAACCCUACUGUCAGCAUAAAUUUCCAACAAACGUUGCUCAAUACAAAGCCUGCCCCCGCUGCUGCUUUUUACACUUCGAGAGGUCCUUCAAAAAGUUAUCCGGGCAUUUUGAAGCCGGACAUAAUGGCCCCGGGGUCAUUAGUUUUAGCUGCUUGGGUUCCUAAGGUUGCAGCAGGUAAAAUCGGGUUCAAUGUGAACUUACCUAGCAACUACAAUCUGAUAUCCGGGACAUCCAUGGCAUGCCCUCAUGCUUCAGGUGUAGCUGCUCUACUGAAAGGUGCGCACCCAGAAUGGAGUGCAGCAGCAAUUAGAUCUGCUUUGAUGACCACAGCUAACCCAUUGGACAAUACCGGCAAUCCAAUUCUUGACGACGGUGACAAUUUCAACUUUGCUUCACCAUUAGCUAUGGGAGCAGGUCACAUCGAUCCUAAUGGAGCACUUGAUCCGGGCCUAAUAUACGAUGCAACUCCACAAGAAUAUGUCAAUCUCUUAUGCUCCACCAACUUUACGCGUAACCAAAUCUUAUCCAUCACUAGAUCACACGCCUAUGAUUGUUCCAAACCAUCUUCUGAUCUCAACUAUCCAUCUUUCAUCGCGUUGUACAACAAUCAUCACAAAACAAAGAAAAGGGUUCAAACAUUUCAGAGGACCGUAACGAAUGUGGGAGAUGGCGCGGCUAGGUACAGGGCUUCGGUGACUGCUCCAAUGGGUUCUCAGGUAACAGUCUCUCCAGAGAUACUGAUCUUUGCAUACAAGUAUGAGAAGCAAAGUUUUACGGUCACUUUAAAUUUCAAUGCGAAGAAGAAAGGGAACGCUUCUUCUGGCGCACUUGUUUGGAUCGAACAAAAUGGGAAAUACACUGUCAGGAGCCCAAUUGUAGUGUCACCUCUUGUUUGAGCUGAUGGUCAAGUAGGAUGUUAAUUUUGUUGGAAGUUCAAAUAAAAACAUUAUUACAAUGUUGGCGUGCUGCUAAGCAAAAUAAAUGCCAAUAGUAUGGAAAUAGUUGUCUGCACAACUAUCCUUUUCAACUAGCAUGGUUUUAAUCCUUCUGCAGCUGCACCUUCCAAAAAUUAAAGCUUCCCAUGUGUAGACCGAAAUUGUGGAUUGCAACCAGUGGAAUAAUGCAGAGUGUGUGCGUGCAAAAGUCUAAAGCUGCUGCAUGUGUUUUAAAGGAUGUAAAGACUUUGAACACCUUCAUUUAUUUUGUAUGUGUUAGUCUUUGUUUUGUAUUGUUUAUUAAAACCACUUGUGUGGUUCUUUAAUCUCCAUGUAUAAGUAAGCCUUCCCGUAAGGCUUUUUGUAAUU